UCAACCUCGCACCAUGCUUUAUAUAUAACUCAUCUUCAAUCUUCUCCUUCAUCCACCUUCACCAUCUCAAAACAAAACACACACACAAAAAUGGUGAAGUUCUCAAAGGAACUCGAAGCUCAACUAAUACCAGAAUGGAAGGAGGCAUUUGUGAACUACAAGCUUCUCAAGAAACACAUUAAGAGGAUCAAAGUUGCAAGAGUUCCAAAGCAACAAUUACAUGCCCCCAAAGGGGACUUUGGUCGUUCCAUAUUUGAUUCCCUUUGUUUCAUAACCAAAAAGUUUUGCACUUCAGACAACAAUAAACAAGAUAUCAUUCAGGUGAGGAGGAGAAAGAUGGAGGAGAGCGAAGAAGAAGUGUACGAGACAGAGCUGGCGCAAUUGUUUUCAGAGGAGGACGAGGUGCAUGUGUUUUUUGCGAGUCUGGAUGAGGAGCUUAACAAGGUGAACCAAUUCUACAAGAAACAAGAGACUGAGUUUCUAGAGAGAGGGGAAAUGCUUAACAGGCAGCUUCAGAUCUUGCUUGACCUUAAGCAACUUCUCGCCGACCGCCGCCGGAAACAUCCCCGGCCACCACCAAAAGCUUAUUCUAGUGACAGUUUCCCUCCUUCCCCGGGCAAAAGUUCUAAUUUCUCAGAUAGUAUUGGAGAAUCUGAUGAGACAAAUUCAGAAAUUUCACAAAUGGAUGAUGUAAUCUCAGCAUUAGAAAGAAAUGGUGUAAAUUUUGUGAACUCACCAAUGAGGAAUAAUAUAAAGACAAAGAAGGGGAAGCCUAAGACGGCAAUGAGAAUUGACAUUCCGGCCACCACACCAACACGGGCUAUCACGGCGGUUACUUCCAUGUUGUGGGAGGAUUUAGUGAACAGUCCAGUUAAAGAAGGGUAUGGAGAUUUCAUUAACAAGAGGAAAAUCCAAUAUGCUGAGAAGAUGGUUAGAAGUGCAUUUGUAGAGCUCUAUAAAGGUCUUGGACUUCUCAAAACAUACAGCUCACUAAAUAUGGUAGCGUUUUCAAAGAUCCUCAAGAAAUUUGACAAGGUGUCUUGUCAAAAGGCUUCUGCAAAUUAUCUAAAAGAAGUGAAGAGAUCGCAUUUCAUUAGUUCAGAUAAGAUUGUUAGACUAAUGGAUGAAGUGGAAUCCGUAUUCACAAAGCACUUCACCAACAAUGAUAGGAAAAAAACAAUGAAGUUUCUAAGACCACAAGAGCAAAAAGGUUCUCACAUGGUCACCUUCCUUGUUGGGUUAUGUACAGGUUGUUUUGUAUCCUUAUUUUGUGUGUAUGCAAUAUUGGCCCAUUUAUGUGGCAUAUUCUCUUCUAGCACAGAGCCAGCUUAUGUAGAAGCAGUCUACCCUGUUUUCAGUGUGUUUGCAUUGUUAAGCCUACACUUGUUCAUGUAUGGAUGCAACCUGUACAUGUGGAAGGUUACAAGAAUCAACCAUAAUUUCAUAUUUGAAUUCUCACCAAACACAGCCUUAAAGCACAGAGAUGCAUUUUUGUUGAGCACUACCUUCAUAACAGCUGUGUUUGGGGCAAUGGUGAUACACCUGCUUCUAAGAACUGCUGGAUUUUCUCCUGGCCAAGUUGAUGCCAUUCCUGGAAUUCUUCUUUUGAUGUUUAUAGUAAUGCUCAUUUGCCCAUUGGACAUUCUUUAUCGCCCAACUCGUUUCUGCUUCAUCCGUGUUAUUCGCAACAUAGCUUGCUCUCCAUUUUAUAAGGUUCUGUUGGUAGACUUUUUUAUGGCUGACCAACUAACUAGCCAGAUUCCAUUGCUAAGGCAUUUGGAAACAACAGGUUGUCACAUUGCUGCUAGACUUUUCAGAACACACCACCCUGAGACCUGCCAUUCUGGAAGGCUGUACAUGGAAAUAACUUAUAUCAUCUCAUUCUUGCCAUAUUUUUGGCGUGCAUUGCAGUGUUUAAGAAGAUGGUUUGAUGACAGUGAUGUUAACCAUUUAGCUAACAUGGGGAAGUAUGUUUCGGCAAUGGUAGCAGCAGGGGCAAGAGUAACAUAUAACAGGCAAGACAACCAUUUAUGGCUUGCAAUAGUCUUAAUCACUUCUGUGGUGGCCACAACUUAUCAAUUGUACUGGGACUUUGUCAAGGAUUGGGGGUUCUUUAAUCCCAACUCCAGAAAUCCAUGGCUUAGAGAUGAUCUAAUUCUGAAGAACAAGAGCAUAUACUACAUGUCUAUUGCAUUGAAUGUUGUCCUAAGAGUGGCUUGGGUGGAGGCUAUCAUUCAUCUCAAAGUGGGUCCUGUUCAGACAAGGCUUCUAGACUUCUUGUUAGCUUCAUUGGAGGUUAUUCGAAGAGGGCAUUGGAAUUACUACAGGCUGGAGAAUGAGCAUUUGAACAAUGUUGGUCACUACCGGGCAGUGAAAGCAGUACCAUUACCAUUUCGCGAGACAGACUCAGACAACUGAGGUGACUUUCUCAUACAUGUAUAGAUUGACAUGUAAACAUGUUGAGAUCAAAGUGGCAAGGGCAAUAGCUGCAAGGGAAUGAUAUUUUGAAGAUGGGAGAUCCCAAUUUAAGUAUGAAUAGACACCAAUUGUAACAUAUAAAAAUGCAUCAUAGGUAGCAUUUGUCCUAUAAAUUGACUCUCUUAAGUCUCUAGUUCUUGUUCUGGAUCAACCUGGUUAGAUAAAAAGCAACAAAAUUAUUUCCUCUCUUGGUUUGUCAUCUAACUCUAUUUUGUUGAAUUGGUUCUAAUAAUCAAUUAAAAGCUUAUUGUACAUGCA